AUGGGAGAUUUUGAACGUGUUCUUGAAGAUGCCACUAGCCUGGGCAAUGGCGGAAAAGAUACACGUGCCUUGCAUGGGGCUGCAAUGCAGGCCAUUGAUGGCAAAGGGAACACCAUCUUCGCCAAAGCAUCCGGCGUGGCCUCGUUCGAGGGUGCUUCAGACCCAGUCACUCUCGACAGCGUCUUCCUCAUCGCGUCCUGCACAAAGCUACUCACCUCGAUUGCGGCCUUGCAGUGCGUCGAGCGUGGCCUCAUCACCCUCGACGAGCCGCUGGACCAGCAUCUGCCGGAGCUCUGCUCUCAGCCCAUCAUAUCCGAAGGACCAGAGGAGGGCCAGUUCUCCUACCGCGAGAGAAAGGUAGCCAUAACCCUACGCCAGCUGCUCACCCACACAGCGGGCGUGGGGAGCGACAGAGCAUUCCCGAUCCACGCCCGGUGGCGCAAGAGCCGCGGUGAGGAACCGCUCUACUACACAGCCGACGUCGUCAAGAGCUUCUCACUACCACUUCUGUUCGAACCGGGCGAAGGCUGGGCAUACGGCGGAGGCACCGACUGGACCGGCAAGCUGGUCGAGCGAUUGACCCUCAAGCAGCAGCAGCAGAAGGAAGCUUCGCCAACCCACGGCGUCCUCGAAGACUACUUCGUCGCCAACAUCUUCGCCCCCUUGGAGAUGAAAUCCUCCACCUUCCUCCUCGCGCGCCGCCCGGACCUGCGCGCCCGCCUCGUACAAACCGCCCAACGCAGCCCCGACUUCCCCCGCGAGAACUUCGUCCCCGCCGAGCCCUGGCACGCCGACCCCCCCGUCGACUGCAUGGGCGGCCGCGGCGUGUACUCCACCGUCAGAGACUACACGGCGGUCCUGCACGAUCUCCUCCAGCCUCGGCCGAAGGUGCUCAGGAAAGAUACCGUCGACAUGCUGUUCGCUCCCCAGCUCCGGCCGGGGAGUGCGGCGUUCCGAGCCGUCGAAGAGAAGGCGCCGUCCUUUGGACUCAUGGUCGGCGGGCUUGUCGAUGAGAGGGUGGAGAUCAACAUGGGGCUUGCGGGGAUGCUACUGUGCAGUGACCAUGCCGAGCUGGGGAGGGUCAGGAACACGAUUUCUUGGGCGGGCUCGGGAAAUUUGCUGUGGUUUUUGAACAGAGAGGCGAAGGGCGGCGACGGGGUCGCGGCUCUGUUUGCUACGCAGGUCAUGCCGGAUGCGGACGAGAGGGUUCAGCAGAUCCUGCGUGGCUUCUUGAAGGAGGUGUGGGGCAGGGUGUGA